AUGGGAGGACUCCGCGCGCGUGAGGCGGUGCAGAACAAGGCCAAGCGUGAAGCGGUGCAGGAAAAGGCCAAGCGCGCCAGUUCGGUCUCCUCCAUCACAGAGAACGGUGUCACCAGCAAGGCCGCCUGCCAGCCUCUGACCUUCAUUUUCGCCCGAGGAACCACCGAGAUGGGUAACAUGGGAAGCGUUGUUGGACCCCCUGUCGCCUCUGCACUGGCGAGUCUCACCAACAACCAAGUAGUUGUCCAGGGUGUUGAUUACCCUGCUUCCGUUGAGGGCAACGCCGAAUUGGGCGCUUCUGGCGGCCCUACCAUGGCCAGCCUAGUGAAGCAGGCGAUCUCCCAAUGUCCCAACACCACAGUUGUCUUGGGCGGAUACUCUCAGGGCGCGAUGGUCGUUCACUAUGCCGCCAACCAGCUUUCCUCCGGUCAGGUCAAGGCUGCCGUCCUCUUCGGCGACCCGCUCAAGGCCCAGUCCGUGGGCAAGCUGUCCAGUUCCGCCGUGAAGGAGUUCUGUGCCGUCGGGGACCCCGUGUGCGAGAAUGGAUUCAACGUGAUGGCGCACUUGACCUACGGCUCUGACGCUCAGAGCGCUGCGCAGUUCCUCGUUCAGGCUGCUGGGGUUUCGUCUUGA